UCCUGACACCUGGCCCGAGCUCCGAUUGCUGCGGUGACGAAGCCAUGGAAGCCAGCCCAGAGUAACCACAGGAUGGAGGGGCUCCGCUGGGCUUUCGGCUGUGGCUUUUGGCAACCGACUCGUCACGAGUGGUUACUGGCGGCUCGCUGUGUGCAGGCCGAGGAGAGGGAGCGCAUUGGCGCGUUUGUCUUUGCAAGAGACGCCAAGGCCGCCAUGGGUGGCCGUCUACUAAUCAGGAAGUUAAUUGCUGAAAGAUUGAAGAUUCCAUGGAAUGAAAUACAGUUGCAAAGGACGACAAAAGGAAAGCCAUUUCUGGCAAAUCCAGUCUUCACCACAAUCCCAAAUUUUAAUUUCAACAUCUCUCAUCAUGGAGAUUACACUGUUCUGGCAGCUGAACCUAAUCUGCAGGUUGGUGUAGAUGUUGUGAAGACUGAUUUUCCAGGUAGCAGAUCUGUUGCAGAGUUUUUCCGCAUUAUGAACAGACAAUUCACAGGUUAUGAAUGGAAUACAAUCAAGAUGGCAGGUGAUGAAUGGGCACAACUGGGCAUGUUUUAUAGACACUGGGCUUUGAAAGAAAGCUUUAUAAAGGCAAUAGGCGUUGGAGUAGGAUUUAAUCUGCAGAGAAUUGAAUUCCAUACAUCACCAUUACAUAUGCAAACAGGGCAGGUAUCUAAGGAAACAAUAAUGUUCUUGGAUGGAGACCAGGAAGAAGCAUGGACAUUUGAGGAAACUAUUCUGGAUGAUAAUCAUCAUGUUGCUGUUGCACUUGGCAAACCAGACAUGUUUGGCAAAUAUCCUGCACAGGUACAAGAGAAUACUAAUCAAGAACCACCGAAGUUCACACUUUUGUCCUUUAAGGAUCUAAUCUCAUCAGCUAUUGCUAUGGCACCAGAGGAUCUAACGUGCUGGGAAAAUUUUCAAAUCAAGCAGGAAAAACCAAGUCGUCAACAUCAGAUGUCUGUAUGACCUUAUUGUAUGGACGAAACUGUCAGCAAUGAAUCUUGGGUAUUUUAAUCACAUAACCUUGGACAACCAAAGGAAACAAUGCACACUAUAAAUCGAUUCCUUCCAAUUCCUCAGACAGAGCUUCUCUUCAACAUUUUGCAUAACGAUGGAUCUUUCUUUGGUUUUGAAUUCAUGAUUUAUGAUGCCGAGUGUGACAUUGUCAUAUUUUUGGUUUUUUAUUUAAUAAUAUGCUUUUGAAGUGCAAAAUUAAAAACAAAAAUAUCUGUAUGACAACCAAAUGGGCACAAGGAACAGACUAUUCUUUCUGAAAAUUCAUGAAGAAACCAACUACUUGGCAAAGGGCAAAAUGCAGUAAACAUUUGUAACAUCCACUGCUGCAAGAGAAAUCCAUGGAAGCAAUUGCUGACACUGUAUAGGCAACAUUUUAGGCAGAACCUUAACUGUAUAAGUUUUUUCUUUAUUCUUGGCAUUGAUGGCAUCCUACAGAACUAAAUGUGAUAAUCUAAAAAUGACAUGGACAAUGCAAGAUAAGUCCUCUCACUUCAAAUUAUUUCAGUGUUCUCACCAUAUGAAUAUAACACCUUCCAUCAUGGUAUAAGGGUGUACACUGUCUGAUGAGCCUUUGUUUGUUUUUCAUUCUGGCAGAAAACACUUACCACAUGUGCCUCAAAGUCUCAAUUUUUAUUUUAAUAGUAAAUUGCCAGGUUUCAAAUGGUUUGCUACAGAAGCUAUUCACAAGGGGUAGAGGAUGGCUUAGUGGUAUUAUUGCUAGACUAUUAAUCCAAAAACCCAGCUAACGUUCUGGGGAUCCUGGUUCAAUGGAGAGAACUAGAGGGCCUGCCAGGAGUAGCAUCAGGCAUACCUGAAGAUGUGGUGUCAAUCUGGUGAAGUCACCAAACAGGACUACUUGCACGCCAAACAGUGAAAGCAGCAAGUGAUAGACAGUGCUAAGUGAUACCACAACUAACAGAUCAGAUCGAAACUCUGCAGUCUUGCCUCAUCCAGUCGUGAAUGGUUGUGGACAAUUAAACAACUUACUGGAGGAGGAGGCUCCUCAAAUAUUCUCAUCUUCAAUGAUGGAAAAGCCCAGCAUAUCAGUGCAAAAUCAGUGCAUUUGCAUCAAUCUUCAGCCAGAAGUGUCCAGUAGAUGAUCCAUUUUGGCCUCCUGUGGUCUCCUGCAUCACAGACACCAGUCUUCAGCCAAUUCCAUUCACUCCAUGUGAUAUCAAGAAAUGGUUGGAGACACUGGAUACUGCAAAGGCUAUGGGCCCCGACAACAUUCUGGCAAUAGUACUGAAGACUUGUGCUAAAGAACUUGCCACUCCCCUAGCCAACCUGUUCCAGUACUGUUACAACACUGUUAUCUACCCAGCAAUGUGGAAAAUUGCCCAAGUAUGUCCUGUACACAAAAAGCAGGACAAAUCCAACCCGACCAGUUACCACCCCAUCAGCAUCCUCUUGAUCAUCAGUAAAGUGAUGGAAGACGUCAUCAACAACAUUGUCAAGCAGCACCCGCUCAGCAACAACCUGCUCAGUGACGCCCAGUUUGGGUUCUGCCAGGGCCACCCAACCCCUGACCUUAUUAUUCAAACAUGGACAAAAGAGCUGAAUUCCACAGGUGAGGUGAGAGUGACAGCCCUUGACAUCAUGGUUGCAUUCAGCCGAGUGUGGCAUCAAGGAGCUCCAGCAAAACUGGCAUCAAUGGGAAUCUGGGGGCAAUCCGGUGGUUGGAGUCAUACCUGACACAUAGGAAGAUGGUCGUGGUUGUUGGAGGUCAGUCGUCUCAGCUCCAGGAUAUGUCUGCAGGAGUUCCUCAUGGUCAUGUCCGAGGCCCCCAACAAUCUUCAGCUGCUUCAUUAAUGACUUUCCCACCAUCAUAAGGUCAGAAGUGGGGACGGUCGCCAAUGAUUGAACAGUGGUCAGCACCAUUCAUGACUCCUCAGAUACUGAGGCAAUCUGUGUUCAAAUACAACAAGAUCCGAACAAUAUAAAGGCUCGGGCUGACAAGUGAUAAGUGACAUUCGCGCCACACAAAUGCCAGGCUACGACCACCAUCAAUAAGAGACAAUCUAACCAGCACCACUUGAUAUUUAAUGGUGUUACCAUCACUGAAUCCCCCACUAUCAACAUCCUGGGGGGGGUCAUCAUUACCCAGAAAGUCAACUUGACUCACCACGUAAACACAGUGGCUAUAAGAGCAGGUCAGAAGCUAGGAACACUGUGGCAAGUAACUCUCGUCUUCUCAAAGCCUGUCCACUAUUGACAAGUCACACAUCUGAAGUAUGCUGGAUUUCUCCCCACUUGCCUGGAUGAGUGCAGCCCCAACAACACUCAAAAACCAUCCAGGACAAAGCAGCUCCCUUGAUUGGUACUACGUCCACAAGCAUUCACAAUCUCCAUCACCGAUGCUCAGUAGCAGUGGGUACUAUCUACAAGAUGCACUGCAGAAAUUCACCAGAGAUUCUCAGACAGCACCUCCAAACGUACAACCACUUCCAUCUAGAAGGACAAGGGAAGCAGAUAUAUGGGAUCACCCAAGAUCCCUCCAAGCCACUCACCGUCCUGACUUGGAUAUAUAUCACUGUUCCUUCACUGAAGCUGGGUCAAAAACCUGGAAUUUCCUCCCUGAUGACAUUGUGGGUCAACCCACAGCAGGUGGACUGCAGUGGUCCAAGAAGACAGCUCAGCACUCGGGACGGGCAAGAAAUGCUGGCCAGCCAGCAAUGCCCAAGUCCCACAAAUAAAUAGAAACGUAGAACCAGUUUCAUAUUCAGUUUUCUCUUCCAUAUAUGAUAUGGUUUUUUUGCUGAGUUUGCUUCAAGGCUCUAGCCUGGACUCAUUGAACAAUUUCUCCCUACCUUUUGUUCUCUCCCCACAACAGAAGGUAGCUUAGAAAUAUAGAAACAUAGACAAUAGGAGCAAGGGCAGGCCUUUGAGCUGUCUCUGCCAAUGAAUACAAUCAGUACUCAGUACCCUGCUCCCUAUUUCUCCCCAUAUCCUUGGAUCCCUUUAGCCUCAGAACUGGAUGCAACUUAGUGAAAAUAUUCAAGUUUUUGACCUGAACUGCUUUCUGCGACAAAGAUUUCCACUGGCCUACCACUCUCUGAAUGAAGAUAUUUCUCCUCAUCUCAGUUCUACAUGGCCUACCCCAUAUCUUGAGGCUGUGACCCCUGGUUCUGGAUUUCCCCAGUUAUCUGGAAUGACAUUCCCGUCUUUACCCAUGUCUGAUCAAUAUACCUGAGAUGUCCCUCAUUCUUCUAAACUCCAGUGAAUAUAGUCCUAACCAAUCAGUCAGUCCUUCCAUCGCCUGAAACAGCCUGGCAAAUCUUUGUGCACUCUCUCCAAAGCCAGAACAUCGUUCCACAGAUAAGCAGAGCAAAAUUGUACACAGAUGAGAUCUCACCGAGGUUCUAUACAAUUGCAGAAAGAUAUUCCUCCUCCUGCACUCAAAUCAUUUCAAUAUGAAGACCAACAAACCAUUUUCCUUCCUCACCACCUGCUGCAUCUCCAUGUUUACUUUCAGCAGCUGGGUAUACAAGAACACCUAGGUCUUAUUGCAUCUCCUUCUUGCUUUGUUUUUGCUACCAAAGUGGAUAACCUCAUAGUUACCCACAUAUACAUCUUCUGCCAAACAUUUGACCACUCACUCAACUUCUCCAAUUCACACCAAAGCAACUCUAUGUCCUUCUCACAGCUUACCCUCCCACCCAGCGUUGUGUCAGGUGCAGACAUUAAGUUCCCUGAUCUAAAUCAUUAAUAUAUAUAUAUAGUGAAUAGCUGGAGAGCAAGCACUGAUUGUUUGAGUGUCCUACUAGUCACUGCUCACCACUUGGAAAAUGUCCAUUUUAAUCUUACCCUUUGUUUCCUGUAUGCCUACCAGUUCUCUAUCCAUGUCAGUACACGACCCUAAUCCCAUGUGCUUUAAUUUUAAAUGCUUUUGUCUUGUGUGGGAUCUUAUUGAAAGCCUUCUGAAAGUCUAAGAAACUCUAUCCAAUUGCUCCCUUUAUCAACUCUACUUGCUACAUCCUUGAAAAAUUCCUGUAGAUAUGUCAAUUAUGAUUUUCUUUUCAUUAAUCCAUGCUCUGUCCUAUAAUGUAAGUUCCAUGAAACUUUGAAGUUUAUUUGUGGAAAAGAGAUUUGGUCUCAAAUUAGCUCAUUGGAGAUUGUAGUAUUUUCAUGAACAAACUGAUUAUUGAUAUUCUUCAUUAAACAUUAUUGGUGGUUUGACCCUCGUAGUACUAAUUGUUCCAAUUGUGGAUGGAAAUAAGGUUCUUCUCAGGAAUGUGAAGUAUUAUAAACUUAUCAAGGGCCAGUCAGUGACUUGAAGGAGGUAGCCAAAGAAAAAGGAAAUGUGAUUUUAAUACAUUAUAUUUCUGGAUGUUUCUUUAUCCCAGUAGUUUUUGUUUUAACUAGUUUGCACUUUUAAUGUUUAUUAUCCUUAAGGAUAAAUAGUCUCAGUGAGGAUCCUGAUCCUCAUCAAAACUUAUCCUAAAUUGAUUCUAAAUGCACCUCCUCUCAUCCACCUUCCUGCAGAAAGGCCUUCCCCGAUUCCCAAUUCCUUCGCCUCCGCUGCAUCUGCUCCCGAGAUGAGACAUUCCACUUCCGGACAUCCCAGAUGUCCUUGUUUUUCAGGGACCGCAACUUGCCCUCCAUAGUGGUUGAAAACGCCCUCAACCAUGUCUCUCGCAAUUCAUCCCUCACACCUCCUAUCCAGAAUAACAAUUAAAACAGAAUCCCCCUCAUUCUCACAUACCACCUCACCAAUGUCCGGAUCCAAGACAUCAUCCUCUGACACUUCCGCCAUCUGCAAUCCGACCCCACUACCGAAAAAAUUUUUCCCUCCCCACCUUUACCAGAGGCACCACUCUCUCCGUGACACCUUGUCCACUGCACACUCUCCACCAACCUCACCACCCCCAGCACUUUUCCCUGCAACCGCAGGAAGUGCUACACCUGCCCCUACACCUCCCCCUCCACGCCCAUCCCAGGCCUUAAGAAGACCUUCCGCAUCAAACAGAUGUUCACGUGCACAUCUGCUAAUGUGGUAUACUGCAUCUGCUGUUUCUUCGGCCCUCGAUGUUGCGCUGACCUGUGAACUAAUCUGAGCCCCUCCCUGUGCACUAUCCCAUCAUUAUUCAUAUGCUUAUCCAAGGACUGUUUAAAUGACCCUAAUGUGGCUGAGUAUGUGGCCUCCCCUACAUCGGGGAAACCAAGCAGACGCUUGGGGACCGCUUUGAGGAACACCGAGACUCAGUUUGCACUAAACAACUGCACCUCCCAGUUGCAAACCAUUUCAACUCCCUCUGUGACUCCUUGGACAACAUGUCCGUCCUGGGCCUUCUGCAGUGCCACAAUGAUGCCGCCCGAAGGCGGCAGGAACAGCAUCUCAUAUUUUUCUUGGGAACCCUGCAGCCCAGGGGUAUCAAUGUGGACUUCACAAGCUUCAAAAUCUCCCCUCACCGACCACAUCCCAAAACCACCCCAGCUCGUCCCCGCCUCCCUAACCGUUCCUCCCACCUCAAGCCCCACUCCCAUCUCCUACCCACUAGCCUCAUCCUGCCUCGUUGACCUGUCCAUCCUCCCUAUCCCCUCCCUAACUCCCUACCUACAUUCACCUUUACUGGCUCCAAACCCACCUCUUUGACCUGUCUGUCUCCUGUCCACCUAUCUUCUUCUUUAUCCAUCUUCUAUCCGCCUCCCCCUCUCUCCCUAUUUAUUUCAGAAUCCCCUUCCCCUCCCCCAUUACUGAAGAAGGGUCUAGAGCCAAAAUGUCAGCUUUCCUGCUCCACCAAUGCUGCUUGGCCUGCUGUGUUCAUCCAGCUCUACAUCUUGUUAUCCUAAAUUGUGUGUGAACAUAGAACAAUACAGCACAGAACAGGCCCUUCGGCCCUUGAUGUUGCACUGACCUGUGAACUAAUCUAAGCCCCUCCCCGUGCACUAUCCCAUCAUUAUCCAUAUGCUUAUCCAAGGACUGUUUAAAUGCCCCCCUAAUGUGGCUGAGUUAACUACAUUGGCAGGCAGGGCGUUCCACGCCCUUACCACUCUCUGAGUAAAGAACCUGCCUCUGACAUCUGUCUUAAAUCUAUCACCCCUCAAUUUGUAGCUAUGCCCCCUUGUACAAGCUGAAGUCAUCAUCCUUGGAAAAAGACUCUCACUGUCCACCCUGUUUAAUCCUCUGAUCAUCUUGCGUGUCUCUAUUAAAUCCCCUCUUAGCCUCCUUCUCUCCAGUGAGAACAGACCAAGUCCCUCAGCCUUUCUUCAUCGGGCCUGUGGUCCAGACCAGGCAACAUCCUGGUAAAUCUCCUCUGCACCUUUUCCAAUGCUUCCACAUCCUUCCUGUAAUAGGGCGACCAGAACUGCACGCAAUAUUCCAAAUGAGGCCGCACUAGCGUUUUGUACAGUUGCAGCAUGACAUCACGGCUCCAGAACUGAAUCCCUCUACCAAUAAAACCUAAAACUCCGUAAGCCUUCUUAACAGCACUAUCAACCUGGGUGGCAACUUUCAGGGAUCUGUGUACAUGGACACCAAGAUCCCUGUGCACAUCUACACUACCAAGAAUCUUUCCAUUGACCCGGUAUUCUGCCUUCCUAUUAUUCCUCCCAAAGUGAAUCACUCACAUUUAUCCAUAUUAAAUUCCAUUUGCCACCUUUCAGCCCAAUUCUGCAGUUUAUCCAAGUCUCCCUGCAAUCUGCAACAUUCUUCCACACUGUCCACCACUCCUCCGACUUGAGUGUCAUCUGCAAACUUACUAACCCAUCCACCAAUGCCUGCGUCCAAGUCAUUUAUAAAAAUGACAAACAGCAGUGGUCCGAAAACAGAUCCUUGAGGCACACCACUAGUAACCGGACUCCAGGCUGAAUAGUUUCUAUCAACCACCACUCGUUGCCUUCUUACAGAAAGCCGGUUUCUAAUCCAAACUGCUAAAUCUCCCUCAAUCCCGUGCCUCUGUAUUUUCUGCAAUAGCCUACCAUGUGGAACCUUAUCAAAAGCUUUACUGAAGUCCAUGUACACCACGUCAACUGCCCUACCCUCAUCCACAUGCUUGGCCACCUCAAAAACGUCAAUGAGAUUUGUGAGACACAACCUGCCCUUGACGAAUCCAUGUUGACCAUCUCCAAUCAAAUUGUUGCUUGCUAGGUGAUUAUAAAUCCUAUCUCUUAUAAUCCUUUCCAAAAUUUUUCCUACAACAGACGUAAGGCUCACAGGUCUAUAAUUACCUGGGCUAUCCCUACUGCCCUUCUUGAUCAAAGACACAGCAUUUACAAUCCUCCAGUCCUCUGGUACUAAACCUGUAGACAAUGAGGACUCAAAGAUCAAGGUCAAAGGCUCCGCCACCUCCUCCCUAGCUUCCCAGGCAAUCCUUGGAAAAAACCCAUCUGGCCCAGGGAAUUUAUCUACCUUAACACCUUCUAGAAUUGAUAACACCUCCUCCUUACUAACGUUAAUCCUUUCAAUUCUAGCAGCCCGUAACUCAGUCAUCUCCUCUACAAUGUUCUUCUGUUCCUCAGUGAAAAAAGACGAGAAAUAAUCAUUUAGCACCUCUCCAAUCUCCACAGGGUCCACACACAACUUCCCACUUCUGUCUUUGACUGGCCCUAUUCCUACCCUAGUCAUCCUCUUAUUCCUCACAUACCUAUAGAAAACUUUAGGGUUCUCCUUUAUUCUACCUGCCAAUAUCUGCUCAUGAACCCUCCUUGCUCUUCUUAACUCUCUCUCUUUAAAUCCUUCCUAGCUAAUCUGUAACUCUCCAUCGCCUCAUCUGAACCAUCUCGUCUCAUCGUCACAUAAGCCUCCCUCUUCCGCUUAACAAGAGAUUUAAUUUCUUUAGUAAACCACGGUUCCCUUACCUUAUCACUUCCUCCCUGCCUGACAGGGACAUACCUAUCAAAGACACGCAAUAUCUGUUCCUUAAACCAGCUCCACAUUUCGAUUGUCCCCAUCCCCUGCAUUUUGCUAACCCAUUCUAUGCCUCCUAAGUCUUACCUAAUCGCAUUAUAAUUGCCCUUCCCCCAUCUUUAACUCUUGCCCUGUGGCAUGUUCCUAUCCCUUUCCAUUGCUAAAGUAAACAUAACCGAAUUAUGGUCACUCCCUCCAAAGUGCUCACCUACCACUAAAUCAAAACCUGGCGUGGUUCAUUACCAAGUACCAGAUCCAAUGUGGCCUCCCCACUUGUUGGCCCUUUGACAUAGUGAGUCAGGAAACCCUCCUGCACACAUUGGACAAAAACUGAUCCAUCCAAGGUACUGGAGUUAUAGCAUUUCCAGUCAAUGUUAGGAAAGUUAAAGUCUCCCAUAAUGACCACCCUGUUUUUUUCACUCCUGCCCAGAAUAGCUUUGCCGAUCCUCCCCUCCACAUUCCUGGAACUUUGCAGGGGCCUAUAAAAAAACUCCCAACAGUGUUACCUCUCCUCUCCUGUUUCUGACCUCAGCCCAUACCACCUCAGUAGACAAGAUAACAAAGUGUGGAGCUAGAUGAACACA